GCGCCUGCUCGGGGCGGGAGCGCGCGGCGGAGGGGGCGGCUCGCUCCGGCCCGGCGCGGCCCGUGCAGCCCACGUGCCGCCGCCGCCGCGCUGGAGGCGAUGGUGCUGGACCCGGGGGCGCCGGCGUGCGAGCAGGGCCGGGACGUGCUGGGCGCCAGCCCGCGCGGACAGAGCGCGGCCUCGCGCCUCCCGGAGCGCGAUGGCUCACGGCUCUUCCCCUGCCCGUCCCCCCCGCCGCGGCCGGGGUCGGGCGGCGCGCAGCGGUGCACGCGGGGGGCCGCGGCCCGGCGGCUGUCAGAGACCGGCGCCGGGAUGCGGCGGAGCGAGAGCACGUGCGCCGUGAGCGGGGGGGGCGGGGCCCGCGGGAGAAUGCGCGCCGCCGCCUCGCUGCCCCACAUCGCCCGGCCGCGGGCCGAGGAGGGCGGCGGCGCCCGGCGGAGCCCCUGCCUGCUCGUGGCGCUGCGGCCCCGCAACGUGGAGGCCGAGCGGGAGCGGUUUUUCCGAGCGCGCUUCGCCUACGACCCGCAGUUCGAGUACGCCGAGCCGGUGCCCGACGCCGUGCUGGACAAGUACCGCGCCGCCUCCGACCGCUUCGUCGCCCAGGCAAUUAGGAUAAUUCAUGCUGUCCUGGAGAAAUAUGGUACCUAUGAAAGUUUUGAAGUUGCCACUGGAGGAAGACUGCUGAGCAAAUGCCAAAUCUGGUCUGUUAUCCGAAAGUACAUGCAGAAGGAAGGCUGUGUGGGAGAGGUGGUGGUGCAGCUCACCGACGACCUCCUGUCCCAGGCUGUGAUGAUGGUGGAGGACAGCCGGCCAACCCUGGCGAUCAACCUGUCCGGAGCCCGGCAGUACUGGCUGGAAGGCAUGCUGCGCCACGAGAUAGGCACCCACUACAUCCGGGGGGUGAACAACACCCGCCAGCCCUGGCACAGCUCUGAGGGCCGCAAGCAGUACAGCCUGAAGCCCGCCAACCCCACCGAGGAGGGGCUGGCAAGCCUGCACAGCGUCCUCUUCCGCAAGCAGCCCUUCCUGUGGCGAGCAGCCCUGCUUUACUACACCAUCCACCAGGCCAGCCGCCUCUCCUUCUCCGCCCUCUUCCAGGACCUGGAGCAGUACGUCCAGGAUGCCGGGGUCCGGUGGGAGUAUUGCGUGCGGGCGAAGCGAGGCCAGACAGACACAUCUCAGCCAGGUUGUUUCAGUAAGGAUCAGGUGUACCUGGAUGGGAUUCUCCGGAUCUUACGAUAUCGUCAGACCAUCGACUUUCCAUUACUGGCUGCGCUUGGAAAGGUCUCCUAUGAAGAUGUGAAUCGCCUGAAGAAAUUUGGGGUCUUGGAGAAGACCCGCAUCCCCCAUUUCAUGCAGGACCUGGAGCGGUACAUGAAGCAGCUCGACCACAUCGUCACCACCAACAGGCUGAACGAGGAGGAGCUGGAGCAGCUGCUGCCUGACUGAGCGGGGCCUGGCUCGCAGCCCGGGGACCCCGCUGGGCUUGAUUCCCGAGGCUGGCGCCUCUCGGCCACUGCGCGUGUGCCUGAGCCCGGCUCUCCCAGUGCCUGGCUGCCCUGGGCUCUAUUUAUUUGAUAUUUAUUGGGGCUGUUGAGCCAGUCCUCGCCUGGAGGAAAGGGCACAGCUUAGGCCUCCGUCCCCUCCACCCAGGAGGGCCGGGGAGGGGGCCCAUAUGCAUGUACCGCUUUGUAGGGUAGCUCGGUCACGCAGGCCGGUGUGGUUGUUGUUGAUGCCCCCCCCGCCUCCCCAGCUCUGCGUGCGCGUCGGGGCAGCUGUACUGCUCCGCAGGGUUUUUCCGGGAGCAGCUGUGUACAAGAUGGUUCUGAGGGACGAGGGCAGAGCAGGCGAGUCACACUGGGCCCAGAGUAAGCACAGGGGGCUGUGCAGGGUCAGUCACACUGGGGAGAGUAUAGGGGACCUCAGGGUGCCACGGGGGUGUUCCCAGCAGAGGCUCUGGCUGUAUUCAGGGCCAGCAAACACAGGCUGGUGGCCCUGGGCUGUGCCUGGGAGCCCUGGCAGGGAGCAAGGGCUGGCCUGUAGCCACCGCUCAGCUCCGCUCAGGCGCUUCCCACUCACUCACCACUCCCCUCAUGCCCUCCCUCAGCAGCGAGAAAGACUUUACCCCACCAAAAAAAGAUCUCUGCUCUCCCUUCCCACCCACCCUGCCCCCCCCCCCCCAGACAUUUGCCCUGUCCCUGCAGACCGUUCAGCACCCCAAGUAACUGUUGCUCUGCCCCCUCCUACCCUCCCAUUGCUGCUCUGCCUGGCACUGAGGCACGGGAGGACUCAAGGUGGUGACUGGGCUUUGAUGUUAGGAAAACAAAAAUGUAAUAAAACUGUAAUGGAAACUA